AUGGCGCAGCCCCAGCGCGUGGAGGCGCACAGGGAGGCGAGCGGCACGAAUGGCGACCUCGGCCACUCGAAAGGCCCGCACCCGGCCGUGGCAGGCAGCGGCCAGGACAGGGAUGUGAGCCAGGGAGAGUUCCACGGCGCCCCGGUGCAGGGGGAGAGCCCGCAGCGGCCUGAGCCGCGAAGCGAGCCAGCGGUUGGAGGCGGCGGUGCACCGGGCCUGGCCACGCCCGGCGCCACCCGCGAGCCGCGCCAGCCAGCGGGCCCCGGCGCCACCCCCGGCAUGAGCUCUGCUGGAAGCACGCCGCGCGCGGGCGGGCGUGCUACCCGCCCCCAGACGGGUCUGCUGUACGAGGGGUCUCCGCUGCGCGGCGUGGCGCGUAGCCCGCGCGCCGCGGGCCUCCAGACCUUUGGCUCCAAGUACAUGCCAUUCGCGGCAGGCUUUGCCCACAUGGCGGGCGAGGCGCCCGUGUACCGCUCGUCUCGCCUCCACGCCCUCAACCCCACCGCCGCCGUCUCCGAGGACACCAGCUACCUGUACACUCUGGACUCCGGCCUGGAGACGGCAGCCACCCGCGCCGCCAACCCUGACCGCCGCACCGAGCACGUGCGCAACACGGCGCCCGCCGCGCGCGGCGGCCUGGCGGGGCGCCUGUUUGGGCCCAUCCGCUGA